AUGGCUCUUCGCCGCCUCGGCAAGCGGGCGGCGCGCGUGGCGGCUGGGGCGGGCUGCAUCGGGGCUGCCGGAGGUGUCAUCUUGUACCAGACCGACCCUAGCUUUCAGCGCUCCGUCCGCUUCUGGCAGCUGACCGGCCCCAUUGUGGCGCAUUACCUGGUGGAGCGCUGGCGUGCCGCGGACGACGCGGACCGCGAUGCCCGGUACAAGCGCCUCCACGCCAUGUACGCGGGGCGAGCGCGCCAGGUGGUGGAGGAGUCUUGUAGCACCUUCCAAGGGGAGAAUGGGAGCUGA